AUGAAAAAAGUAAACUUGACAUUUAACCAAACACCCCAAUGGGGAAAAUCAGCUAUGAGAAUGCCCCUCCAAGAACUUAUCCUGCAGCCUGGUGCCCACACAAAUUCGGGAAAAGGGCAUGCUGUGUGCUCCUCGCAGACCCCAUCACUGUGCAAGCUGGGGCUGCAGGAAAGCAGCAAUAACCCAUCUCCACUGGAUUUUAUCAGUGCUACCAGGAUAGAUUCCCCUUCAGAACAAUUCAGCUAUCCCUCAAAGUGUCAGGAAGCAUGUCAGCCUGAUUCAGAUGAGCAGCCCCUAGAUCUGAUUCCCCAAACCAACUCUACUCCCAAAACACCCGAGGCAAUAGUAGAUCCACUGGACAAUUAUCUGGUUAAAACCAUGGUCCUCGUACCCUCUCCAAUGGGGCAGCAGAGAAACAUUUAACUAGAGAUCCAUUUAGAUGCCAUGGCAGAGACAAACAGUAUCUCUCUACCUGAGCCCUUGAGGCCAGGAGAUCUGGUGAGAAAGGGAGUGGUACUCUGUAUGGAAGACAGCUUUUCAGAAGUUGAUGCUGCUGUGCCUGAGAAACCAACAUUUCAGGAUUCUUCAUCCCAUCUCUUGGAAUAUCCACCAAAUCCCUGUACUACGCAACUACAUUGCUCUAAGGAAAGCCUGAGAGACAGUGCAACUGAGGCUGUGCCUGAGGACUUAGUAACUUCUGAAAGUAAUUCCUUCUUGCCCUCUUCCAUGCUCUGGCUUUCCCCUUCAACUGCCUUGGCAGCAGAUUUCCCUGUCAAUCAGGUAGACCACAGAGAAUAAGUUGUAGAGCACAGAGCUAUAAAGGAGAGAGAAAUGAGCUUUCCUGCUGUCCCUGAGAUUGAAUUGAGAGAUCAAGCACUUGUCUCAACUAUUGAAGAUAUUUCAUCUGCAUUCCUGACACCAAGUCCAAUAGAAAUAGAAUCCCAGGCAACUUCAGGUCCAGCAGUAAAAGAUGCUGGUUUGAUUCUUGAAUCUGACACAGGGCCUUGGAAGUCUUCACUGGCCUGGCUGGAAAAAGGGGUAAAUUCCUCAGUCAUGCUAGAAAAUCUCCAUCAGAGCUUAUCCCUCCCCUCUGUGCUUCAGGAUGCUGUCAUUGGUACUCCUCCCUUCUCUUCUUGCUCAGCAGAAACUUGGUUUACUCCCCCAGCACUGCAGGAAAAGAGCACAAACACUUCCCAGACAGGUCUGGUUGGCAACAAGGACAGUACUUCUGAGACAGAGCACCUCCUGUGGGACUGUCCUCCAGAUGUAACUACCUUGUCCCUACAUGACUUGGAAGAUAAUCUGCUGAGAUCUCUUGUCAUUCUGGAGAUUCUCUCCCAUCAGCUGCAGGACUGGAAGAGCCAAGUGGCUGUCCUCACAAAGAGGCUCAGGACAGUAGUACAGACUGACACCUCACCUGGUGGGGAAUUACAGUAA